CGCGCCCCCGUUAUCUGGGCUGGGGUCCCUCGGGCCUCGCCGCCGCCCCCACCGUCGCUCCCGACCCCACACUGCCAGGGCCCCAUGUGCCCCGCGUCCCCGCCUGUCCCCUACAGAAGCCCCCUCGUCCCAGGCCCCUGUGCGCCCUGGCGUCUCCCUGGGCCCCGCCCACGGCCACGCCCUCCCGGGGGCGGGGCCCGCAGAGCCCGUCCCCUGGCAGCUCGCGGUCCUGCGUGUUCUUAGGUGAACCACGGCCCCGAGUUUCCCAGUUUGCGAGCAUGCCCGACCCCACAGGUGCAGGGUUGCGGGGAAAAGCCUGGGCCACACCCCAGGGGAGGACGCAAGCCCUGAGGACCCCCUGCAGCGCCGACCGAAGGGCCGCCAGCUGUGGGUGCCUCGGCGGGCUCGGGGGCCGCCUGCCGGUGCCCAGGGCCGAGGUGGCGCUGCCUUACUGGGUCCCCGUGUCCCUGAGACCCCGCCAGCAGGUCCCGAAGGCGGCCAGGGCCUGCCCCUGCCCCUGCCACCGCUUCGGGGGGCGCUUCCCGGCUCCCCGGGACCAGGCGGUGCUGCCCUACUGGGUGCCCCCAGUCCUGCGGUUCCCCCGGAAGGCGCCCAGGCGAGCCCCAGGAGCCCAGGGCAGCCACGGCGACGGCGACGGUGACGGCCGCCCGGCUCUGAGCUGCCUGGCCCCCGCAGACCGCCCCCCGGACGCCUGUCCCUGCUACGGGCGCUGGCGGGUCCUGCUCAGGGGGCGGCAGCUGUGGGCGCUGCGGGCCGCGGGCUGGGCGGCGAGUGGCCUGGCCCCGCUGCUGCCCCUCGGCCUGCUCGCCCUCCUGCAGGCCCUGCUGCGCCUCGUCCUGGCCCUGCGACAUUUCUUCUGGGUCUGACGUGGGACCUUCAGCCCAGCAGGAGCAUGACGGCCGCGGAAUGUCGGACGCCGCGGCCCCCGGACCUCCGCCUCCCGGCAGCCUGGGCAGUGCGUCACCGUGAUGGGGCCGGGAGCCGGGAGUUUGUUCUCAGUUCUCCAAUAAAUGUUAUUUGCAGAACCCCGGGUGCCCCCCCAGA